AUGUCUGGUUCACAGGCUGCGGCCGCGGCCGCCACGACCGCGGCCACGGUCAAAUCAACCCCAUUGGAACCGACCACUGGCACUACUUCCAGUGCAGAGUCCGCGACAACCACCUCUGAAGCAACUUCAUCCACGCCUUCUGCGACUUCCACCAGUUCAAGCACUACCAGUACUACUAGCACUACCACGAGCAGUACCAGCAGCAGUACCACCAGCACCAGCUCUAGCACCAGCACCAGCACCAGCACCAGUACCAGUACCAGCAGCAGUACCAGCACCAGCACCAGCACUUCCACGAGCGAGACCACAUCUUCUGCGACCACAACCUCUACCAAGCCGACUGAAACCACUACUUCGACCACCAGCUCAAUUGUCGACAUCAUCACGACUUCCGCGAGCACCAACGGCCAGACCACAGUUUACGCGACUAUUACCGAAACCUCCACCUAUCCCACCACCGGCGUUUCUUCAGCAACGAGCUCGUCUUCUGCUACCGACUCGGCCGCAUUGUCGACCACUGCUGCGUCGUCCAGCCAUGGCCUAUCCGCUGGUGGCACCAUCGCGGUCGCCGUCGUGGUUCCCGUCGUCUCAGUGGCGCUGAUUGUCCUGGCUGCCAUUUUCUUCUGGCGCAAGCGCAAGGCCAAGAAGGCCGCCGAGGAAGAGCGCCGAAAGGAAGUCGAAGAGUAUGGAUUUAAUCCGAACAAUGACCCCAUUCUGCCCGGCAUGGGAGGCAGUGCGGCCCCCAAGGAUAAUAUCUCGUCGGGCUACCGUGGCUGGGGAACGACCUCUGCUGGCCGCCAGGCCUCGACCAACUUAUCCAGUGGCAUGGGAAUGACCAUGUCGGAUGGCAGUGAUGCCUUUCACCACCAAACGACUCCCAGUGAAGGCACCGUGCAGUAUUCGGACGGUGCUCGUCCGGACUCUGGCGAAAUUGAAACCAUUGGCGUGCUGGGUGCCGCCCCCGUGGCCGCCAACAACCGCAAUGGCGAUAUCCAUCGCGGUCCUUCCAACGCGUCCUCGGCUUACUCCGCCGCCAAUCAAUCCGAAGCGUCGGAGGAAAGCCACAUGUCUGCUGCGCACCCGUCCGGAGGUUAUUACGGCGAGAACCCGUACUACGGCGAAAUGACUGGCCACGGCGCAUAUGGCGAUGAUGCCUACCAGCCAGUGAUUCGGGAUGUCCAAGCGCGCCGCAACACGCGCAUUGAAAACCCGGGGGUCUACCCGCGGCAAGGGAAUGCGGGCAUCGCCCAAAACUUCUAG